AUGUCCCUCCGCCCAACCCUCCUCUCAAAAUGGAUCUCGCGCCCGAGCGAGAUCCUUAAAACCCCAAGCUUCGCCUCAUACCUCCACCCCUCGAUCCGCCCAUCCCUCGCACGUCGCAGCGCUAUCUUCUCACCGGUAACACAAGCGACACGAAGGAGCAUUACCACAGCGCGCUUCUCGAUGCGAACCCGGCCGGGCCCUGGCUCGUUCCAGUUCAAGCAGCGCCGGUUCAAUUCCGGGUCGGCUGGCGGCGGUGCUAAUGGAUCUGGAUCCGGAGCUGGAGCUUCGGAGAAGGCGUCGCUCUCGCAGCGGUUGAAGAAGCUCUCGCGAGAAUAUGGGUGGGUUGCGCUUGGAGUGUAUCUUGGACUCUCCGCGCUGGAUUUCCCAUUCUGUUUUGCGGCUGUGCGAUUGCUUGGUGUUGAGCGCAUUGGGUACUAUGAGCAUGUCGUUGUUGGGUUUGUUAAGGAUAAGCUCAAGGCCGUGUGGCCGCAGACUAAGGGAUCUGAGGCGGAGGAUGGGCAGGGACAACUUGCUCAAGCUGAGGAGCGGAAUCAGGAAGAAGCUAGUAAGUUUUUCUGUGUUGAUUUUUGA